AUGGACCUUGAAGGCGAAUACAACGGGUUCUUGGUGCAGUGGAUCGAACUGCUCGUCUCCACCAUCAUCAUCAUCCUCAUAGUGGAGGUCAUCCGUAGAAGACUUAUCCGUCUCGACGAUCAACGUGCACGCCGUCAUGGACUACAGGAUGCUAGGGAGCCAAACGUCUCCCGCAGCUCAGGCUCCUCGCUCUUCCCAAUAGGACUCAACAGCAACAAGCUAGCCGAAUACUGCUGCAACGACCCCGUAAGCAACGGCUCCCAGGUGACCUGUAGUUCUGAUUCGGGCAGUCCGUUCUUCGUCCCGGAUGCGACCCUCGUGGCGGGGUAUGCGGCGCUGGCGAACGUGUCGUCGCUGAGUGCGUCCAGUACCGCGUCGAAUAGCACGUCGUCGCCGUCGCCGUCGCCGUCGUCAUCGUCGUCCUCGGGCUCGAGCUCGAGGGACGUCGCUAUUGGGGCUGGGGUUGGUGUGCCGUUAGGGGUCAUUGCUCUGGGGGCGAUCGCUUGGGCGCUCUGGGAGAGGAGGGCUAGGACGAAGAGUCUUGCAGCGGGUGGUGGUAGUGGUGUUGGGGCUGGAGGUUGGGCUGGGGGGAAUGGGGCUGUUGCUUCGUCCGCGGCUGGAAGUAACUCACUGUAUGGGAUGCAACAGCGUGAGACGGAGCAAUGGAAGAAUCCUUCUAAUCCUGUGGAGUUGACUACGGUGGGUAGGACGCAUGAGUUGGCGUCCUGA